AAAACACAACACCAAGUGUAGACGUUAAAACAAACUGGCAAAAUAGAUAAACAAAAUUUGUAAAAUUUUAACAUUACUUAAGUGGAAAAAGUUCUAAAAAAACGAAAAAAAAAUUGAGAAUGGAUGUGGCAGUAAAAACAGAAAAUGCCGACGGCAGUCUAAUUCAGACAAAGUCGCCCGAUGAUAAGUCCUCAACGGAUGCUCCGCCCCCUAAUGAAUCGACAGCACGAGUUCGUGGUCAACAGCAGCCGCUGCAGCAACAGCAACAAUCGCAACCACCAUCUCAGGGUCAACAAAAAACAAAAAGGAAACAUCGCCGUGGCAAGCCAAAAUCAAAAAAUGUGAAUAAACCUUACAAGAAGAACAAUUGGAGAUUUCAAAUGCCACGUCUUAACUAUAGUAAAUGUGGUCCGGGAGGUGGUUCUGGUGGUGGCGGAGGAGGUGGAGGAAAUCGGCGUGAAAAAUUGCAGCGUUCACGUUCAUUGGUACCAUACAACACCAAUAAAUUUCUUAUGGAAGAACAUUUAGCCGAUGUCCCUAAUGCUCUCUUUACUCCCUCGGGACGUACACGUGACUCUAGUUUCUCCAUGGACUCGGAGGAUAAUUAUUUCUUUUCAUUGCCCGAAGAUGAAGAGGAGUUCUUGACCAAGGAAUUCGCCAAUGUUUAUGAAAAGGCUCGCGUAGAACGUUUGGAGAAUCUAAGCAAACAGGAACUAAUUGAGGAAUGUUUGCAAAUUGAAGAUCGCUAUUCAAAGGAUCAGGGUAAUCAAAGGCAACAACAGUUGAAUGUACAACGUGUGGCAUCGGAAUAUAUGGCCAAGAUACGGGCGCUCGAUGAAAAAGUAAGGGAGCUGUCAAGGGAGAAUCACAAUCUACGUUGUCAACUUAUGAGAUCGGCUGCUUUUGCAGCUGCUGCAGCGUCAGCAUCUCCUCCAUCGGCAGCAGCCCCCAUUGGUUCGGCCUGCCAACCAACGCCAAUGGAUUCAUCCAGCGAAGACAGUGAAAGUGAUAGUUCUAGUUCGAGCUCAACAUCAUCGUCUUCAUCGAGCAGCGGCAAUGAUGACGAAUGUGAAAAUCGUCAGCCCAGCAGGAGACGAAGCUGCUCUUCACGAAGUUCGUUAAGUGAGUAUGAUGAUCAUGAGGGUUAUGUAGAAAAUAAUUUUAAUGGUGGUGCUGCACCUAAUGGUGGUGCUGCAAGCAACAAUAAUAAUGCUCAGCAGCAGCAACAACAGCCUUUAUCUCCAAAUGCUGCUGUUGGUGUUGCUGUUGGCUUUGAUAAUGAGCGGCAAGAAAUGUUACUAAAUCUCGCUGAUCAUAUGGAGGAUGAUGAUGACAAUGGCGAAGAUAGUGAACUUAAGCCAUCAAAUUUAACAAACGGAUUCCACACAGAAGAAACACAAUCGCCGCCAAGGGCAAACUCCUCACCAGUUGCUGCCGCCCUUAAUACUAUAGAGGAGGAUAAUAAUGGUGAUGCGGGUGGUGGUGGUGGAGUUGGCAGACGCCACCUAAAUGUUUUGGAAGAAAGUCAAUAAAGAGAAUUGUUUAAUAACCAUCAUAAUCAUAUAGCCACCAAUAACAACAGCUCAUCGCCCUGCCCAUCUUCACAUCAGCUGAUCAUUUUCGUGAAAACAUUUUCGCCUAGCUGAUAUGUGAUCAUGCAUUAUGUUUACUAAACAUCUAAAAUUCAAAGAUUAUUAAAUGAUUCCCUGCUAAGUCGUUACUCACGUUUAAUGAAGAUAUCGGUUUUUGUUAAACAUUUUUGUUUCGAAUAUUCUUUAACCGAUGUUGUUGAUGAUCAUUACAUUACCUAUCUACCUACCUACUUACCUAGACCCACUUUAACCAAAUAUGAUUUUAUUUCCUUAUGCUAAUUCAACAAACUUUUUUUUUGUUUAUAACACGUUAAGUUUAUUCACUAAAUGUUCUCGUAAACAUCCCUAUGAAAGCAUUUUAUAGAUUUUGUAAACACACAAAGAUUUUUUUUCAAAAACAAAAAAAAAAAAAUAUAUGCACACAGUGAAAUUAUUAUGAGAAUAAGUUUCUAUUCAAUAUAAACUUUUAAUUAUGCUAAAGUUAUUUGUUUUAAAAUUAUUUUAAAAAAUUACAAUUUGACAUUUUAAGCCUAUCUAUCCAUGUCUGUCCGUCUGUCAGUCCGUCCGUCCGUCGGUUCAUCCGUCCGUCUGUCCGUUGGUCCAUCCGUCCGUCUGUUCGUCUGUCCGUCCGUCUGUCUGCCGAAAAUACGCUAACUUCUUUUUAAUGUAGGUCGGAUGGGAUUGUAAAUGGGCCAUAUCGGUCCAGGUUUUGAUAUAGCUGCCAUAUAAACCGAUCCUGAAUCUUAACUUCUUGAACGACUGCAAAUGAAAAUUUGCCCAUGAAUAUUCCAUUAAGGAACGGGCAAACUUUUCACAUAUUGAUGAGUGCAGUCCGAUUCAAGUUUAAGCCCAAUGAUAAGGGAUCUCCUCUUUAUAGCCGAUUCCGGACGGCGUGCCGCAGUGCGACACUUCUUUUGAGGAGAAGUUUUUACAUGGCAUAGUACCUCACGAAUGUCGGCUGCAUUAGGAGGGGAUAACCACCGCUGAAAAUUUUAUGAUGGUCUCGCCAGGAUUUGAACCCAGGCGUUUAGCGUCAUAGGCGGACAUGCUAAUUUCUGCGCUACAGUGAGCAAUUUGGCUAAAAUUUUGCAUGAUAUGUUUUGUUUAUGACUUCCAUGGUUCCAUGGUAUGGCUGAAAUAGGUCCAUAAGCCGAUCUGGGUCCUGACUUCUUGAUCCUCUAGAAGGAGCAAUUCUUAUCCGAUUUGGCUGAAAAUUUGCAUGACGUGUUUUGUUAUGAAUUCUGUUCUAAGUAUGGAUAAAAUCAGUGCAUAACCAGAUAUAGCUGCCAUAUAAACUGAUCUUGAGUCUUGACUUCGUGAGCCACUAGAGGGCGCAAUUCUUAUCCGAUUUGGUUGAAAUUUAGCUACGACUUCCAAUAAGUGCCCCAAAUAUACUCAUAAACGAUCAUUUUCAUACAUUUUCUUUCAUUAAGAAUUUUCAUAAUAUUUAUGAUUUUUACAUUAAUAUAAUAAAAUUUUUCAUAAUAUUUAUGAACAAAAGGUUUCAUAACCUUUUACAUUACAUUUAUGAUCCCAAUAAACCCAAUCCCAUGGCACCGGAUUGAACCGAUAAAGUCCUUCAUCGACAAGGGCUGUCGCCUCAGUGUGGAACACACUGCUACAAUAACAACAACAUUGCAUUUACGAAGGAGAAUUCUCUCUGUGUAGAGACAUUGAAAAUCCGGUACAGGUUCUUGAACAUUUUGGUGGAAAAUCUAUCGAUAUGUCGUAUGAAUACAGAGAGAUUGAAACUCUUUGAAAGGUACAUCCUCUAAAGGACCCAUAGAAAAAUUACAUUUAUGAUCCCAUCCAACCCAAUCCCAUGGCACCGGAUUGAACCGAUGAAGUCCUUCAUCGACAAGGGCUGCUGCCUCAGUGUGGAACACACUGCUACAACAACAACAUUGCAUUUACGAAGGAGAAUUCUCUCCGUGUAGAGACAUUGAAAAUCCUGUACAGGUUCUUGAACAUUUUGGUGGAAAAUCUAUCAAUAUGUCGUAUGCAUACAGAGAGAUUGAAACUCUUUGAAAGGUACUUCCUUUAAAGGACCCAUAGAAAAAUUAUUUUUAUCCUCUUUGAUAUACCUCGGCAUUAUUUCUUCCCCUGACCUCAAAUUUCCAAUCGCUUGUCCCUAAAAUUCCCGAAUACAGGUUAAUUUCAUCGAAAAAACCCCCAACAGUUCUGAAUGGCUUAAAAUCUGGGUUUAUUAUUUUUCACUGACAAGCAAACCCACUAAAGAUGUGUGACACGUCAAGGCAUGGAUGUACAAUUUUUAAAGUUGUAAAAAAUAGUUAGCGACGUAGUGCCUGUGUUUUAGCAAUAUAUAUUCAAUGCAAGUCAAAUUCACUGGAGAGUUGUUCAGUGCCAUGUUUGAUUAGAUAGAAAUGUAUCGAUAUCAUGUAAUUAUAGUCGAUAACACGUUCUUUGCACUGUAUUGUUCAAAAAACAGGGACAUAAUUUCUCAUUGGUACAGUUGCUGUGUUUUAUUUUAUACCUAUUCAGAGCAAGUCAAAUGUUCUGGAUAGAAAUUCAGUUAGAGGUAGAGCUGACAAACUAUGAAUAAUCGCAACAUUCGAUAUUUUCGAUAGUUUUAAUAAUAAAUAUCGAUAGUAUCGAUACUGUUGUUUUUUUCUCCCAUAUUUCAAAAGGAAAUGAAAACUAAAAAUCAGGAGAUAGAUUUAUAUAGAAGCAAUAUCAAUACACAGACCAAAUAAAACCAAAAUUAAUAAAGUCGGUUGGAAGUCAUGAAAGAAAUCAUUGCACAAAUAUUAACCUACUUGGAUGAAAAUUGCUCCCUCUAUAGGCGCAACGCAUCUUAAACGGUACUUUUAGGUUCGCAUCGCUUAUUUUUGUUUAAUUUUGCAUAAACUUUAAAUCUUCCGAUAGUAUCCAUCGGAAAAAUAUCAAUCGAUAUUCAGUCAAAAAAUUAAAUAUCGAUAGUGUCAUCGAUAUUUUGCCAUCUCGAGAGAGAUGUUCAGUGUCAUGUUUGACUAGAUAGAUAGAAAGUUGUCGUUAUCAUGCAAUUAUAGUCGAUAACACGUUAUUUGCCCUGUAUUGUUAAAAAAUAGGGACAUUAUUUCUCAUUAGUACAGUUGCUGUGUUUUAUUUAAUACCAAUCCAGAGCAAGUCAGAUGUUCUGGAUAGAAAUUGAGAGAGAGGUUGUCCAGCAUAGUUAUCGAUAUCAUGCGAUAACAGAAAAUAAUAACCUAAUCGUCAUUAUAUAGUACUAAAAUGAAAUACAGCACAUGGAACUUGGUGUAAAUUGUACAGAUUUAUGUUAUCAUGCAAAUAACAUAACAAAUAACAUCCAAAUAAUAAUUAAAAGAAAAAUUCAAAAUUUUGAACCGAAAAUUCCUCCCCAUAAAUCCCAAAAUAUUGCUCCAAAUCCUCAUCAAAUCAAAAGUCAAAAAUGUCGUCCCCAUUUUUGAAUUUUAUUGUAAAACGUGUCACAAACAGUUUGUUUUAUUCUUACCAUAAUUUUCAAAAACGCUUUAUCGGAGAUGGGAGAACCCAUGACGUAAUUACCAGGUAGUGUCAUGACGUAAUUACUAGGUAGUGUACCGUAAACAGCUUAGUACAAUUUUUUCUCUCGAAGUGCACUAUCUGUCAAAGAGUUUUGGUUGUGUGUGUGUGUAUUAUAGUUAAGAACCAUACACACACAAACAACGAAAAAUGGCGCGAACUAGUAACAUACGCAAAAUCAGAGUUGCACUAUUCACUGAUUUUGACAGAUAGUCACUACCUGGAAAUGAAUAUAUCUUGGGAGCACCUAACAUCUCUUCCUUAAUGGAACCAAACAUCCCUUCCCAAAUAGACUUGUUUACCGAUUGUGACAAUAUGGCAGUCAAAUGAAAGGUCUAGAGUACGAAUGUGAUAUCAUAAUUUGAGAACAAGCCCCCCUGGUAGCUGAGUUGGUAGCGAGCCCGGAUUACGAGUGCAAGGUCUUUUGUUCAUUUUCUACCAGAGGCUUUGGUCUGAAGCUACUGUAGUAUCACAAUGAACCAAAAUUGUCUCAGUCGAUGUUGACUGCCUCUAUAACCUCACCUAAUGUCAAGGUCAAUAUCAAGCUAUCUUUAGUCCAAACAAAAUAAGUUUUUAAUUUUUUUUGUUCAAUAUUUAUUAACAUUUAGAUACGUGGGAAAUUUAAUGAAAACUUUUCCAGUUAAAUAAAUUUAUAAACUGAUUACUGAAAAGUUUUACGUUAAAAAUUCUGUAAUUUUUGCAGUAAAUAUUAUUUUUAUACUCACCACCGAAGGAUGGGGGUAUAUUCAUUUUAUCAUUCCGUUUGCAACACAUCGAAAUAUCCCUUUCCGACCCAAUAAUUCUUAAUCAGCGUCUGUCCGUCUGUCUGUCGAAAUCACGCUAUAGUCUUUAAAAAUAGAGAUAUUGAGCUGAAACUUUGCACAGAUUCUUUUUUUGUCCGUAAGCAGGAUAAGUUCGAAGAUGGGCUAUAUCGGAUUUUAUCUUGAUAUAGCCCCCAUAUAGACCGAUCCGCCGAUUUACGGUCUUUAUUAUCCGACUUAGCUGAAAUUUGAGACCGUGAGUUGUGUUAGGGCCUUCAACAUCCUCCUUUAAUUUGGCCCAGAUUUGGAUAUAUCUGCCAUAGAGACCGAUCCUUCGAUUUAGGGUCCUAGGCCCAUAAAAGCCACAUUUAUUAUCCGAUUUUGCUGAAAUUUGGGACGGUGAGUUGUGUUAGGCCCCUCAACAUAUUUUUUUUUUAAUUUGGCUCAGAUCGUUUCAGGUUUGGAUAUAGCUGUCAUAUAGACCGAUCUCUCGAUUUAAGGCUUUGCGCCCAUAAAAGGCGCAUUUAUUGUCCGUUUUCGCAGAAAUUUGGCACAGUGAUUUGUGUUAGACCCUUCGAUAUCCUUCUCCAAUUUGGCUCAGAUCGGUUCAGAUUUAGAUAUAGCUGUCAUAUAGACCUAUCUCUCGAUUUAAGGCUUUGGGCCCAUAAAAGGCGCAUUCAAUGUCCGUUUUCACCGAAAUUUAGGACAGUGAGUUCUGUAAGGACCUCCGACAUUCUUCUUUAAUUUGACUCAGAUCGGUCCAGAUUUGGAUAUAGCUUCCAUAUAGACCGAUCUCUCGAUUUAAGGUUUUGGGCCAUAAAAGGCGCAUUUAUUGUCCGAUGUCGCCGAAAUUUCGGACAGUGAGUUGGGUUGGGCUCUUCGACACAUCUCUGCAACUUGGCCCAAAUGGAUCCAGAUUUGGAUAUAGUUGCCAUACAGACCGAUAUCUCGAUUUAAAGUCUUGGCCCCAUAAAAGGCGCAUUUAUAAUCCGAUUUCUCUGAAAUUUGAAACAGUGACUUAUGUUAGGCUUUUCGACAUCCGUAUCGUAUAUGGUUCAGAUAGUGUUUUUUUUGAUAUAGCUACUAAUAAGACAAUUAUUUUGUUAUACAUAAUUGAACAAUGACUUGCACUUAUUAGUAUUUUGUCCAAAUCGGAACAUAUAUAUCGAUAUAGCUGCUAUGGAACAUAAGGUAUGCAUUUAUCACCGGAUUUUGACGAAAGGUGGUUUACGUAUAUACCCAAGGUGGUGGGUAUCCAAAGUUCGGCCCGGCCGAACUAAACGCCUUUUUACAUGUUUUUUAUUGUUUAAAGGUGUUGAAAACAUGUUAUUAAGCACAAUGUUAUUUUUUUUUUUAUUUAAUCAUAUCAUUUUUUUUAUUUUUGCAUCCUAAACAUUUUUUUCGUUUUACCAUAAAUGCAAGCAUAAUUAAGAGAUAUUUGCGAAAUUGUACUGAAUAUGAAUAUGUUGUAAUAUUUACUUACUUCUUGUUAAGUGUGUGUGUGUGUUUGUGUGCUAUGCAAAUAAGUAAUGCAAAAAAUGCUUUAUUUUUAUUAAAGCUUACGCGCUCUUGAUCUACUACUACUCCUCGAGUUAAUCUCUUUGCACCAAAAAAUAAACAUCAAUAUAAUAGUUUCCGGGAAAUGAACACCCUUUCAAAUAUGAUGUGAUAUUUUUUGUAAAAAAAAAUAUAUAAAAAAAAAAAUUCAACAAAAAAAAACAUGGUUUAUUUAUCAAAAUACAAAAACAUACAAAAAAAUGUGUAAAAACAUGAAAAAGAAAAUCCAAAAUAAAAAAGUAGCUCUAAGAUAGAUUUUCGGAAAAAAAUAAAAACCCCAACAGAAAUUGAAAACAUAGAGAUCAAUUGUCCUUUUAAAUGUGUUUUACAAAUAAUUAAGUUAUAUAUAUGGUUUAUUUUCUAACCAUUUUUUGUAGUUAAUCGUAAGACAUUACCCAUGUAUAGAUGGUUUUUGUAAUUAAUAAAGAAAAUGAAAAAAAAUUUAAACUGAUGACUGCUUUAAUUUGUGGCCAUGAAAUCGACGACAAAAUCUGGUUCAAAAUCCCGCCGUUAUGAUGUUAUUGUAGACACUUUCGCUGUAAGCAUACAAAUGUAUUCGUUCUGAGAUUGUUCUGAACCGGAUUUCGUUGUUUUUGUUAUAGCAGUGUAUGUACACUGAGAUAGAGCUGGCGAAAUAUCGAUGGCACUAUCGAUAUUUAUUUUUUUACUGAAUAUCGAUUAAUAUUUUUUCGAUGAAUACUAUCACAAAAGUUAAAUUUUUUGCAAAAUAAAACAAAAAUAAGCAAUCCGACACAGAAUGCAUCCUUUAAGAUACAUUGCGCCUAUAGAGGGCGCAAUUUUCAAUUUUAAUAUUUGAUUAAUUCGGUCUGUGCAUUGAUAUUGCUUCUAUAUAAAUCGAUCUUCUGAUUUACUUCCCAUUUUCGUUUGAAAUAUAGUUGAUGGGAAAUUAACGAUAGUAUCGGUACUAUUGAUAUUUAUUGUUAAAACUAUCGAAAAUAUCGAAUGUUGCGAUUAUCGAUAGUUUGCCAGGUCUACACUGAGUUCACAGCUCUUGGCGAUGACGGACUCCAUCGGGUCAAGCGGGUACGUACAAUCGGCUGCAAAGGGGUUGACCCGGAUUUCGUCUCCAGAUCUAGCUUCAAGAACCUAGAACCGUUUCAAUUGGAGCGAUCUAUUGCCUUCUGCAGUUAAGUUAGUUGGUUUCUCCGGCCAUGCAUGGAAGAUAUCAGGCUCUGGAUCUGAUGUUGCUCGAGUUAAUCUGGUUUUCCCAGGUAGGAUUUUUUAAGCAUUUGCUAUUAGUGGUGGACGUCCACUAAGGCCUAUUCGGCUGGUUUUUGAAAUUGUAUUGGCUACAGUAUCCUGAUGAAAGUUCUGAAGGCCCAUUCUGUAUGAGUAGGUUCUAAAUGGAUCGGUAAUGUGUUGUUGGAUCUGGUCUCUAAACAAUUUAAGUAAAUGGAAUUUCGUG